GGCAGACUUAUCAACAGACUAAUUCUAUAAACAAAUGAAGGAAUAACCGAGCGCACCAUUGGCUGGUGGGCAGGAGGAGAGAGAGACGCGAGGCUUUCGGCAAUGAAAUUUUAAUUAAUGUGGGUGGGCUGAGAGAACACAACUAAGAGUGUUUAUUAUAGACAAUUUAUUUUCCAGCGCUAAGUCAACAUAAAACAGCAAAACGGACAACAAUUAUUUAACAUUUCAGACCCAUGAAGCGGAGACACUGGUCAGUCAGUGGUCAGGAUUGCUGGUGGCGGUGAUAUCCACAGACUGAAACUCUCUCUAGUUAUGAGUUUAUAUCACACUCAAGUGUCCCAGCCCGGAGUGGCUCAUUCGGCUCUCGGGUUAUCUAAUUCCCCCCUAAUCUAUGUUUACGGUGGCGAAGUCGGGGGUAUUAUUCCGGCUUUGGGAUUCGCAUCCACCCGGCGCGAGCCUCCGCAGAAACCUCCGUACAGCUACAUCGCGCUCAUCGCCAUGGCAAUCAAGAGCGCGCCGGACAAGCGCGCGACGCUCAGCGGGAUCUAUCAGUUCAUCAUGGACCGCUUCCCGUUUUACCAUGACAACAAGCAGGGAUGGCAAAACUCGAUCCGACAUAAUCUCUCCCUAAACGAUUGCUUCAUCAAAGUGCCCAGAGAGAAAGGGCGACCUGGCAAGGGCAGCUACUGGACGCUGGACACCAAAUGCCUGGAUAUGUUCGAGAACGGAAACUACCGGCGACGGAAGAGAAAAAGCAAAAUUCAGGACACUGGUGAUGCCAAAAUCAAGAGAAUCAGAGGGACGAUGAAUUUGACGUCUUUAUCCGUCCCUAAACUUCACCAUGGCACUCAUUCGGAGGAGCCGUCGAUUAUCGACGCAGCAAAGGCACACGAAUGUCACUCUCCUCAGAGAGACGCAAAUCUUCACGAGGCAACUCCAGAUGUGUCCACGCGCACCGAGAAUAACGCGACGUCUGACCGGAGUCUUGACCCAAACUGCUCGACUGCUGACAAAACCAACAAAGUUUCACCAAACCAAGUAAAUCGCACUAACGAACAGCCUUUUAACGAAAGCGAGACGGACAUCGCGCUGACACACGGCGCGCGCCGGGAUUACGUUGUUACCGCUACAGGUGUGAGCGCGCAAAGCGGGGAUGCCGAAUCGCACACUAAAAGAACAACAGAUAAAUCCAAGGAGUUUAGCAUUGAGAGUAUACUUUCGAAAAAGGAGAAUCCUCACCAGCGGAGAUACGGUGCCGGGGCGAAUGUCGCUUGCCUGGAGUCGCGUGAUUACGCGCUCACGUCCUCGCUGAUCGCACACGCGCAUCCGCAGCUGUAUCAACGUGGUUUCCCGUUAGGUUCUUACCUGUCUCUCACCUGUCCUGAUAAAACACUGAACUUUAUCGACAAAAUAGACGACAAGCUGUUUUUUUGACGACUCUUCCUAAAAGGAAAACAGAAACCAUUACAGAAAGUCUAAUAGAUUUAACAGUUAUAUUAAGAUUUGUUUUGGUUUUAACGGGAACUAUGGUCCCUACGGGUAGUGUUAUUUAGAAGAUGGGAACCAAUAGAAAACGAUUAAAUCCUACUAGAAUAAGACCCAAAAUACACUAUAGGCUAUACACCAGUUUUGUAAACACCUGAUGGUUCAUAAUGGAAACCAUCAGAAUUUAUAUUGCUUUUUUAUCAAUACAAAUUCUUAUUUUCUUUUAUUAUUCAUGACAGUUGACAAAAUACAGUUUAUAAAAUAUAUACUGGCCAUUGAGAAUAAGACUUAUUAUUAUUAUUAUUAUUAUUAUUAUAGUCACUACUAUUAUUGUUGUUGUGGUUACAGGAGUCGAUCUGGGUGGGCCUGUGUAAAGAACACUAUACUGUUAACAGUAGUUAAUUCUUCAGAUGUAUACUAUGAUCAAGAAAGCAUUCUUGCCAAACAUCCUGACCACAGAUGUUUGACUUUGUAACUAAGAACUGUUUAUUUGAACAACUGUGUUAUAUGGUCCUCUUUGCACUUAUGACAAAGACACGAAACAAAUAACAAAUUAUAUUGUGCUUUUGUUUGUCCCCUCCUCGACAACCACAGAUAGCUAUAAAAUUAUUUGUUGCUUAAAUUUAUACCUUGUUGAAAAACAACACAUUGGACAUUAAAGAUUGAUGUUAAAUUCAACUGAGAACACAA